AUGGCCAACUCCGACGCCAAGCACGAGGCCUUGCAGCCAAUUCACCCCUCCAUGGCGGGCAAGCUGGACCCCGUCUUUGAGAAGCUGUACAACGACAACGUCGCCAACACCCCGUUGAGACCAAUCGAUCUCGAAGUUCUACGAUCCAAGUAUUCCGUCCUAUACAGCUACGGCACCGGACCAGCGCCCGACGUGGGACGCAUCUACGAUUCUCACAUCCCCCUCGACGACGGCAGCGACACAAAGCUCGACGUUCGGGUCUACGAGCCAGAUACCAAAGGCCCAUGGCCAGUACACAUCGACUAUCACGGCGGCGGCUGGGGUCUCGGUGACCUCGACACCGAAGCACAUAUCUGCAGGCAUAUUUGCAAAAAGGCCAAUGUUGUCGUCAUUGACGUUGCAUACCGUCUGGUUCCAGAGCAUGCUUUCCCCGUCGGCAUCACAGACAGCUUCGCCGCCCUCAAGUACAUCCACGCGCACGGAGCGGAAGCAUUCAACAUCAAACCCGACAGCAUCUCAUUGGGGGGUGUCUCGGCAGGAGCCUGUAUUGCGCUGGCGCUCGCCCACCUCGCACGGGACAACAAGCCCAGCCCGAUUCCGUUGAAGCUGGUGGCGGUGGGAACUCCCGUCAUCGACGACCUGUCGCAGUACGCUUCAGCGGCAGAUUCGCCAUUCCCCUCGAUGCAGGAGAACGAAAUGGCGCCCACGCUCAACUGGGGCCGUCUGGCUUGGUUCGACAAGCUCAAGUGGACGUCUCUGCCGAGCGAUCCCGAGGAACACAAGGCUGCUCGUGAGAAGGUCGGCUGGUUCGCCAACCUCUUGAAGGCGCCCAACUUCAAGGGCCUGGCCAAGACGGUUAUAUACACGGCUGGUGCUGAUCCGCUGCGAGACGAAGGCGAGCGGUAUGCACAGGUAUUGGUGCAGCAUGGCGUCGAGGUCACUUUGAAGCGAUUCCCGGGUGUGCCACACCCGUUUAUGCACAUGGACAAGGAUCUCUGGCAGGCGAGUGAAUUCAUUGAUAAGACGGCGAGGGAAAUCCGUUUGGCUCUUCAUGAUUGA